ACCCAGCGGGUGAGGAUGGAGAGUCGGUGAGAGAGACGGGAGGCAGUUGCCCCCCGAUAAUGGCGCAACACGCCACCAAAGCCCACACUGAAGUGGGGCACAUCCUGGUCCAGGUUCAAGAAGAUCUUAAGGAGCUGAAGGAGAAAAUCUCGCAUUUAACAAUACAAAAUGAAGGAGAGGCAGUGGACAUUCAGUCACUUGAAACAGCCAUACACAGGACUGAAAUUGGGCUAAAGAGACAUGCGGCAGAGUACUUGAAUUCAAUCAAUAGACAAGUGUUGACCCUUCCUGCAGUAGAGUACAGAGAUUUGCCAGCUGGUUGCAGUUUAGCAGAUGCAAUUCAAUCGGCAAAUAGCAAAAUAAUAAAGAAACAUGAAGUAUAUCCAUCUUUGCGCAAAAAGCAUCAAGGUCCUCAGUUGGGAAAUGCACCUCAACAUAUCUCACCAGGAAUUCAGCAUAAAUUAGCCAUGGAUAUGAAGAUUUUGCACGAUCCAACUCACCCGAAGAACAGGAGUUUUCUCAAUGAGAACUAUGGGCUUCAGCUUCCUGUCAUUAGGAGCACAGUGCCUGAAGCACCUUUACAAAAGCUUGCUAAAGGUACAACAGUUGCUCCACUCACAGUUUUGCCAUCUUCUCACCGUGAGGACCCAUCUCUUCUUCCUCCAUUUGUAUCUGAAAAAGAUGCAAAGAAAGGUAUUUUGAGUUUGACUGAACGUGGCCUAAUUCCUCCAGCAGCCGGGUUAAGUCUUCACCCUCAUCCUAUCCAACACAAAGUGGCAAUUAUGCAUGAUAGCCAAGAGAAAUACAGAAAGCCACCCCCAGAAAUAUAUGGUUCUUACCCCCAAAAAUCAUACUACAUAGUGAUUAGUGAGACGAGUACUGAUGAACCAGACCAUCGAGGCAUGCUGAAAUCCAGAGCACUACUAAAGAGGGACACUAUUACUCCUGCACCUUCCAUGAUGACAACAUUGUCAACUAAAGACAUCAAUGCAGUGCAACACCUGCAUGACAAACAAAUGGUCCCUUAUGAGUUUCGUGAGCCAAAGGAGCUUCAAGUGGUGCCGGUUCACCAACCCCAGGAAUUUCCACAGGCUUACUACGUUACCAUUUUGAAUGGCAGAAUAGAUUACUUGGCUCCAGACUUCUUGGCUUUCAAACAACAUUACCAGUUAUACUGGAGGCACAUCUUUUCCUUCUUGGAAUAUCUUGAGAUGAAACUAAGAAAAUACAGUGUGCCAGUUGCCGUAGUAGAAGGCCAAAGGCUGGCCAAGAUUUCGGUUGCUUUUGAUAUUGAUUCCCAGCCCACAUGGGAGAUGCUGCUUCCUGCCCUGAAAAAUAAAGACUUGGUAGAAGAGAUUGUCAAGCGUCCGGGCCAGCAGUACAAGGGGCCAGAUGGCAUGGAAAUAGCAGCCACAAAAAUCCAAGCUAUCUGGAGGCAGUACCGAGCCAGGACCAAGUAUCUCGUGUCUCUUCGCCAGAAGUGGGCAGCAGGUGUUAUUGCCAUUUCCUGGCUCAUGCACGCUCAAAAGGCACGGGUGAAGAAGACCCUAAAGCAGUCACGUCAGAGACACCUGGAGAAUUUUCGCAGCAGGGCCAAGCAUCUGGCAGCCAACUGGAAUCGCAUCAAGGCCUCCAGGAGAACUAUUAUCCACAUCCCAUCAUUAGGCUAUGCUCAGUGGCUGAGAUCCACCGUGCCUGAUAUAGAUACUCAGCAGAACUUACAGAUGGGAAGGUUAUGUGACAUCAGGGAUGACAAUAUAGAUGUUAUCUAUAUUUGUCCCCUGUGGAUUGGUGAGGAUGUGACCCAGUACUACAUGAAACUGCUUGGGCUACAAGAAGCUGUCAGAUUAGGGAAACCCGAGGUGACGGUGGACAUGGCAGAUCGUCUCAAAGUCAUCACACCUGAGGCAACAAGACAUUUUCCUACCCACCACUUGUGCCUGGCCACUCAUCUGAAAUACAGUCCCCAGGCAAUACAGCGAAUAAAAAAUCUUAUUGAAGGCAAGGCUGCAUACAUCGUUGGUGGAUUGCUUCACCAGGAUGACUUGGCUGUUGCAGAUAUGCUUAAUGUACCUAUUCUGGGCCCAGAGCCGGAAGUGGCACAUCUGUACAGUACCAAGUCCGGGAGUAAAAGAAUUUUUGCGAGUGUGUCUGUGCCCGUGCCACCAGGAGAGUACGAUAUAUACAAUCUUCAGCAGAUGCAUGAAGUUCUUAUUCAGCUUAUUCUUGAAAACCUGGAAAUUAAACGUUGGCUCUUCAAAAUGGACACUGAAUUUGGCGGAAGAGGUACUGCAUACUUUGAUGUCUCACACCUGCCAUGUUAUCAUCAGACCCUAAAGGAAUUUAGGAAAGUCGGUCCUUCUGUUUGGCUGAAGAGGAGAUGGAUGCAGGAACCCUCUGAGCUAAAGAUGGCUAAGGAAUUGCCUGGAGUUUUGGCAGAGCAUGCUCGACCUGUAAAUCAGGAAAUGUUCCCCACAUGGGAAAAAUACCUAAAAAUGUUCCUCUGUCAAGGUGGCGUUGUGGAGGCCUAUCCGCCGUCCGACAGUGUGACUAACCUCACCAUAGACAUGCUCAUAGAGCCGACAGGGGAAAUAUCGAUGGUUUCUUGCGGAGACCAGAUCCAUUCAAGAAGCCCUCUCGAAUGCUGGGGCACCACAGUACCACAGUGCUCCGUGGAUCCGAGCAACCUGCACUCGAUGUGUGUCAAGAUCGCUGAGGCCUGUAAAUGUCGAGGGGUGCUGGGUUUCUUCUCAAUUGACCUGGUGACCUUCAUACAUCCAUAUACAAUGGAGCAGCAGAUGUUACCUGAUCUGCUGAGUUCUCUCCAGCAUUUUGGUUUUGCUUUAAGAUCUUUCAACUGUUUCAAGGUCUGGGCUACAGACUUAGACCUGGCCUACAGUGAUCAACUGGCCAUGACACAACUGAUGCUGUUCAUUUCAAAUGGGAAGCUGACCUGUGCACAUAACUCCUUUGAAGUGCCUCUGACGCCCAAGGAGAAAAAAGGGAGACUUCACAGGCAAGAAGUGGCAAAAGAGGUGGAAAUGCAAACUCAACUUCCUUUUAUGAAACGUUACGGAGUGUUAAGCACACAGUUGAAACAUGCCAAUUUAUCCAUGGUCCACUACAGUGUACUCUUCAAGAUUUUUAAAGCUCACGGGAUUGGUUUUGAUAUUAAGGAGAGGCAAGGAACAGUUUUUAUACUUCAUGAAGGGAACAAGAGGGAUCGCCUAGGGAUGGUAACAAUUGGCGAAGAUCUCCAGGGGGCUCUACUGACCUUUGCUCGUAAUCUCUCUGUCAUUCAUCAGGAAAUAACAGCACCUAAUGUGCAUUGGGAGAACAAUUUUCAGGCGGCAAUUAAAGAUAUUGAAGUAAUUCUUGGAGUUACCAUAGUGAACAAGUCCAAAGAAGAUCGUUCAGCCCCUCCAAUAGAAGCUAUGACAUGAAGAACCUAAUUCAGGAGAACUAUAGAUAUUUGACUAUGAAUUACUUAACUCCAGUUCCAUCUCACUGGAAACCUACACUACUGUAAGCAAACCAAAAUGAAGUCUAAAUGUGAUUCACUGGUCCAGCUUUGUAUCCAUGGAAGCAAAGGAAAUAUUCAACAGAAUCUGCUUUUCAGUGUGAAUAUUAGUAGAAAUAUUUAAAACAUACUCAAAAAUGGCAACUAAAAUGAUGAAGUUGAGGUAAACAAUAAUUUGGUUUCUGUUGUAAAUAAGAAAUAAUGUAUUUUCUAUGUUUUCUCAUCUUCCCCAAAUCCCAAAGUGAGUAAUCUAUUUCCAGCUCGCUCUUUGAGGAUAUGCGGAAAACUAGUCUAAAAUAAAUGAAUAACUGAUACAAUAAUAAAUGGGUCAACUCCUGGAGCAUCCUAACACAAAGUUACAAAUAGUUGCUAUGACCAGGUUUGUUGCUGGGUUUCUUUAGAACGAUAAAAGAACUGAGGAAACAAUUCAUAUUGUAAAUCUUCCUCUGCACUCAUGAGCAAUCCAGUGUGGCCCACAAUCAAUUGUGCUGUCAAAUUUAUUCAAUACAUGGACUAGUCCACACUCAAUAUUUAUACAAGGGCACACUCACUAAAGAUUAUGUCCUGCAAGUAAUUAAUGUUUCACUUUAUCCUUAUACAAGCUAUUGAGAUUAAUAUUGGGGCUUUAAUACCACACAAUGCAAUUGAUAGUGUAAGUUAAACAACAAGCAGAAGGAGGCUUUAUGGUAUAAACUAUGCCAUUUCUACAGAGAUCUAUCACAUUUGGUUUGCUCCUCAAAUUUACCUGAACACUCAAAGAUGCACCUCCCUGUCAUUGCAUGCCUACUAUUGAACUACUGUUUUGUAUAGAUAACAUCAUUCAUUGCCUCAGCAGCAGAGGAAUCAUUGUUCUCUGCCAAUUAUUUGGUCUCAGUAUAUGAAUCGCCACCCCUUUCCUGCAAGGGUUAACCAACCUCACCUCUACUGAUCUCAUAAAGAAUCUGUCUUAAGGAAAGUCAUGUAGAUAAUUAACAUAUCUUGAGAGAAGAUACAAUACUCGCUUGACCAAUACAAGGAGAUCACUUGGCCUGAAUAUACUCUAUCCAUCUUAUUAACAUAUUUUACAAUAUACAUCUUUCACAAACUAUUAAUUAUUCACCUGAUUACAAUAUUCCACUAUCACAACCAUUUUCAAACCUUAUAAUUAGUCAGCCAAUUACCAUAUUGCACAAUAAUUCUCUUCUUCUGAAUUACAGUAUUAUUCAUGUAAUUAUAACAAGGAAGAAACACAGAUGAUCCUAUUUGGAUUGUUCAGUGGCAUUUUCAAUGCUUCAGUUUGACAACCUAGCUUCUGUGUUAUUGUUGAAGGUGGAAACCAACCAUCAACUGCCCCUUCUGCCACCUUACCAAGACCACCAAUCUUUCAUGUUAAAAUGACCAUGGCAACCAGAAUAUUAAUGCUUGUAUUUUAUAUGGAAUGUAUUCCCAAUUCCUUCAAUUUCUAGCAGGCUAAACUUUUAGUUUUUCUCUUUGCCGCAGUAGUUAUCAGAUUUACACCUUAGAUCAGAAAGUCUCAUCUGGAAAAUUCACAGAGCUGCUUUCUCAUUCCCUGAUGGCCACCAGAAGAAGUAGAACAUUUUGUAGAGACUAUAAACAAUAUUAACAUUUCAUUUUAGGUCUCCUUUUCUCACCACCAAAAAUUCGUUGAGUUGCAUUAAACAAAAUGCAUACAUUUAAACAAUCAAGGUUCUUUGCUCUUUUCAAACCAGUUUCCUAGCAGUAUAACUAGAUGAUACUAUUAACUAUUUACAUUAAUGAAUGAAGACACAUCCAAACUCACAACAACAGCAACAACUAGUUCCAGUUACCAGGCUCCCAAUAUUAAGAAAUCCUGCAACAUUUAAAUAGCUAUAGAACUGCAGUUUGCAUUAACAGGCAGAUGGGAAUGGACCGAAGUUCUGACAUGUCCAGUGAAAGUACAGGCACUGAACAUACUCACCAAGUUAACAUAUAACUAAUGCAAAAAGUAUUUUACACUAUGUUUAACAAUUGUCAAUUAUGUUGUAAUAUUUUAUGUUAGAUAAAAGCAUAGAGCAAAUAUUUUUUGUACAGCUUCCACAUGCCAGAUAAAAGAUGCCUCACAACAUAGCUGCAUCUGACAAGCAGUUUCAAAGUUCAGAUUAUCUAAAUCAAUGCUGACUGACAGAUGGUGGCAAGCUUGCUAAGUUUGUAAUAAUGUUCAGGAUUAUGCAGCAAUUCAGAUGAACAGAGUUCCCCUUUAACAACAAAUUACUGAGUGGUUCCCUCAACAAAUGAACCCUUUUCCCUGAACGAACCAUUCUAAUUACCUGAACUUUAUUGUACAUUCCUUCAUGGCAAUUCUGACUUGAGCUCCUAAGACUUUCAAUUAGUAGCCAUGGUCUUGAGCAUAGAUAACCACUCUGCAAAGGCUAAUAUCAAAAAUGUAAUUUAUGUUUAAUAAAAGUAAUAUUAAGCUCAGUGUUAUGUUCUAGUGGACUGACCUUUUAGUGUUUUUCUAAAUUAGAUUUAUUAUUACUAUCUUACUCAUGAAUUUGAAACGUUGAUUUUGCAACAGAACUAAAUGUAUUUAAAGAUUCAGCAACCUUGCAGUCACAUUGUUGUCAAUUGUCCUCCAUUGGAACAAGGUGCUCUUCUGCCUUGAUUACAGUUGAUCAUAAUUACCAGCACUACCCAAUUUACAUAGAUGCCUUAGAUCUGGAGCUCCUGUGAAAUGUAUUCACUGGAGUUUUUUAAAUCAGGUGAUCACCUGGAGUCCUGUUCCCAUUAUUGUGCUACUCUACCAACAAGCCUAUCAUGGUUUUCCACAUACUACUGGAAAAGGAAAAGAAACUCUGCCAUGUACCUUCUUAAAGAUUAAAGAUGUUUAACAAGAUUCUUUAAAGAAAUGACACUUUGUCGCAUACCUUCAUGAUUCUUGACAGUGACAGCUUUUAAAAUAUAUAUAUAAUUAAUGAAUUGAAAAAUUAGUUCUGAUUACUUAUUUGUUCCUUGUGUUGCUGACAGCUGUGUCUCCAGAUUCCAGCAUCUAUAAUCGUUCAUGCUUCCAUAGAUAAUAGUAUUGGAACACAGUGCGUGGUCCUAGACUUGUAUUCAGAGGCCAGGGCUGUUGUCACUGGAUAUUUGCAGACAUAGAAUUGACAUUCAACCAAUUAAAUAAAUUCAGUCUUUGAAGGUAGAAUUAGAAAUGAUGGUCACAAAACUAUUGGGUUGUCACAGAGACCCAUUGGGUGUGUUACUGCCCUUCUAGGAAGGAAAUCUACCUUUUAGAUUCCAAUUAAGCUGAAACUCUGUUAAGGUGAAAUAAAAGACCCUGGUAUUUCCACAGCAACAAUGGAGUGCUCCCAAAUUUCACAGGCAUUUUAUUUUUCUGCCAACAUUAUUAAAAGUGUCUGAUUGAUUAUCUGUUGGUGUGGAACUUUGCUGUUCACAGUUUAGUUAUCACUGUGUUACUCUACAACAUAAUACUUUCUUAAACAAUAUUUCAGCAUCUCUAA